AAUGAGCUCGAAGGUCUGGAGAAAUGGCUCAUCGACAUGAUGGACUAUCUGGAGUCCGUGGCUGAAGCUCAUCUUCCAUCGGUGCCAGUGAUCCAGGCGCAACUGCAAGAGAGCACAGAGGCUCUCAAGGACAUGGCCACUUUGUUGCCAACGCUGAGCAAAGUCAACCAGGCUAUUGUCAGUCUGCAGGAAAGACUGACACCUCAAUAUAAGCAGGUGAGCAUUCAUAAAUUGCUAGAGGAUUAG